GGCCUCCAAGCGCUUCCGGUGCCCGCCCAGAUCCUCAGGCGCUGCGCCUCCCGCCGUCGUCAAGUCGUCGUCGUCUGGAGGUCGUUGUCGUCGGACGGGGCGGCGGCGGUCGUCUUAGUCGAUUUGGGGUCGAACUUGGGGACGCCGGCAUCCAGGAAGCUGUUUAUGAAAGCUAAGCUGCUCCAGAACAAAAAAUGAGCAAGAAUAAAGAGGAUCCUCCCCAUGAGCUGGAGAACCAAUUUAUAUUACGUCUACCCCUGGAAUAUGCUUCUACUGUGAGAAGGGCAAUACAGUCUGGAAGUGUCAGCCUGAAAGACAAAUUAACCAUCGAAUUGCAUCCUGAUGGACGUCAUGGCAUUGUCCGUGUGGAUCGUGUCCCAUUAGCCUCUAAGCUGGUUGACCUGCCCUGCAUUAUUGGAAGCUUGAAAACCAUUGAUAAGAAAACCUUUUACAAGACUGCAGAUAUUUGCCAGAUGCUUGUCAGUACUGUGGAUGGUGAUCUUUAUCCACCUCUGGAAGAACCAGCUGCCACUAAUGAUCCAAAAGUAAAUAAGAAAAAAGAUAAGGACAGAGAGAAGAAAUUCAUCUGGAACCAUGGCAUCACUCUGCCACUGAAGAAUGUCAGAAAGAGAAGGUUCCGGAAAACAGCCAAGAAGAAGUACAUCGAAUCUCCAGAUGUGGAAAAGGAAGUCAAGAGACUGCUGAGUACAGAUGCUGAAGCUGUCAGUACCCGGUGGGAGGUCAUUGCUGAAGAUGAAACAAAGGACACAGAUAACCAUGGUUCCCUGACCAGCCUGGACAUUUCUCCAGGAAUGAGUAGCCAUAAGCAGGGCCGUAGCUCCUCAGAACACGAUGAGCUCCGAGAGAUAUUUAAUGACAUUAGCAGCAGCAGUGAUGAUGACGAUGAUCAAGAUCACCAUGAUGAUGAAGAUAUAAACAUCCUUGACACCGAGGAAGACCUGGAGAGGCCACCACAGAGCACACUUGAUGAAUCUGACCAACGGCGCCAAGAAGAUGAGAAAGCAAAUCACCUGGUUGUAGGACUCCAGAAGCAGAUUGAUGUGAUGAAGGGAAAGUACCAAGAGACUCUGGAGAGAGCAAAACGCCAGGAGGACCUCAUCUUCAAAGUGGAAAAUCUGGCCCUCAAGAACCGUCUUCAGGCUGUGCUGGAUGAGCUCAAACAGCAGGAGGAACAAGAAAAGCAGCAGCUCAGCUCCUUGCAGGAACAGCUGGACUCACUCCUGGAGAAGUAAGGGCAGCUUGACUGUUAGUUGCCUGUAAUCUUCAUGCUGGCAAGCAUCACGCAUGCAAACUUUGGGUGCAUCCUCUGGGCUGAGGACAACUUGAAGGUGGAAAUGUGAUUGCAUUCACAUCUCACUGUUCUGUUGCCUAUUGAAUUCAUCCUGUUUCUGUCUUUGCAUCUCCCUUUUGCUUUCCUAGAAACAUCACUACUGAUAAGUAGAAGAUGCUGGUGCCAGGGGCCAGCUUACAGUGAAGUCCCGCCAUUAGUGGGCUAGUCACGUUAGCCUGGUCAUUCAGGUCCACCUCUGUCACUGGCUUUGACCUGUUACUUUAAGCUUUCUGUGGUUCUGUGGGAUCAUCAGAGGACUCAGCCAUAUUGUCCAAAGAGAUUUAAGCCUGGAGGCUCUGCAGAUGUUCUGCAUCUGUUUUUAUCCUCUCCUAUGCAAAGGAGGGCAAGUCAUGUACGUUGUGCUAGGUGCCAGCUCAGGAAAGAGCAGUGAUGAAUUUGCAGCAAUUCGUGCCUGCUGACACCUCUGACCUGGCAGGUUUUAGAAAGCCUGUAACUUAGUGUCAUCGAGGCACGGCACCUAAGGAAUAGUAGGUUUUUCUUGGCUUUGGUGGGUCAGAAGGCCAAUAAGGAGCUGUUGUCCUUAGAUUGAGCCUACAGAACAAAACCACCUCCAUUAGAGGAAAAUCGUGACUUCUGUGAUUCCUCCCCAUCCCCCCUGGUUUGUCAUAUACUUUGAUUUGAAGGUCUGCCUGUAUCUGUUGUGCUUUGUUGAAAAUCUCAACUAGUGCUUUUUCAAAUAGUUUUGGAAAUUUUGUGCUGAAAAAUGGGUCCUCAUUCCUCUUAAUAGGGGCUAUCCCACGAAGGAAAGAGUGUUUCCUAAUGGAAGUUUUUGAGACCCCAAAACAGCAAACCUUCCAAUUAGUUUGGAGCCUCAGUGGAAAAAGGAAAGAGCUCUUCUGAUCACUUCCUAAUGGACCAGGCAAUUCUCAAAUUAAUCAGAGGAGAUUGGGGAUUUGGUGAGCAGGGAAAGGGGAGCAGGUAGAAAAGGGAUUUGAAAAGGCAGUUCUAGUUCUGCUAUUGUCACAAGACAUCUUGAGAGGGAUUGGGCCUGAAUCUUAAGCCUUAGAAAGAGAGGAGGAUAAGCUGUGUUUCUCAGGCUUCCCUAUGUAGGGCGGCAGAGAAGCUGGUCCUUGGACCUUGAACAUGCAGACCAGAACCCACUGUUACCAAAAGCUUUUCCAGCUUGGCGUGGGACCUACCAGCACAGCUGUCAGGAACCCAGGAACUUCUCUGCACCAUGAUGAGGCCUUGGUGAACAGCCUUCAUGGAGGUUCCUGGCUGCUUGCCAUGAGAGGAAGCAGAUUGUACACGGAGGCCAUCUAUUGUUCUUGUCAACCAGUCUCACCUCCCCAAGGACGGUUCCUCAUUUGUUCUGCUAUCACACUGUCCUACAGCCCUCCUUGGUAAUAUAGCUCUGUACUCAUCAUAGUUCCUGCCUUGUCUUGGCCAGAAGUAGAAAUCUCGUAAAGUUUAAGAAGGAGAAGAAUUCAUUUGUACAUAAGUGGUAUGUGUGCUGCCAUGUGUGUUUCUUUUUUGUCUGUAACUUCAGAUUAUAUAUUCGUUGUAAGCAUGGUCAGAUGUCUUUUUAGCCUCCACACAAUGCCCACUGUUAACGUGGCUGAGGUACCAAUGAGAGACAGCAUCUGAAGACUCAUGGGCUGCCUUUGCUUUCCAAAGGUCCUAGAGAGCUCCCCUGUGAAGAAUAUUCUCUGGUUUUCUGGAAUGGAGGAAUUUAUGUGCAAUACAGAGUUAGGUAGCUUAGCCUUUUGCUCCUAAGAAUAAAGCUAGAAUAUUUGUUGCGGAUACCUGUUGCAAAUAUAAGAACUGAACAGUGUCUUACUUUGGUUACUGAGAAUACCAUCUCUUCAAAGCCAGGAAAAAUUAGGAAGUCCUGAUUAAAUCCCCUGGUAGCGUUCUUCUUCCUCAUAUACUUUUGUGGUAUGGGCACUCUGGGAUCCUCUUUAGAGAGCUAAAAGUGGAGGUUCUAGGGUCUGCUGCUGCUGCCUCUUGGCACAUCUCCUUCAGUCUGUAGGCCUUCAUGGCGAGUUUGGGGUAGAUAGUGACUGACUGAUGCCAACCAAAGACUCACAUCCCUGUGGAGAGCUGAUCCUAGAGAAGCUCCUUGAGGUCAGAGUGUGCUGUGACCCAGGGCCUGCCUUACUGCAUACCAUCGACUUGGAGAGUUCAGCUAGGGUCAUGUCCGGUCUUCUCUAAGGGAAGAGAAA